UCUUUCUGUGUAUUUAGUCAUAAAGUAUCGAAAGAAACUCGUUGUUCAAAUUUUCACGAAUCGGGAUUUUAGUAAUAAAUAAAUUCAGAAAUAUGUUUCGCUUAUUUGUGAUAGUGACAUUGCUCUUUGUGACAACUGACGCGAAAUUGAACAAGAUUUCAUUGCAUAAGAUGGAUUCCACUCCACAAUGUUUGACAAAAGUUGACACGAACUUGCAAGAACUUCUUUCGUUAAAUGAUAGUGAUGAUGAUUUUCCUUCAGUAAUUUUGUCCAAUUAUCAGAACAUAAAUUAUUAUGGCGUUAUUACCAUUGGAACUCCGCCGCAAGAAUUUAAAGUAAUAUUUGAUACUGGUUCUGCAAAUCUUUGGAUACCAUCUAAAAAGUGCAAUCUCACUGCUUGUUUAAUACAUAAUCAAUAUAAUAGUACAGCAUCCAACACAUAUAUAGCAAAAAAUGCUUUGAUUCAAAUAAAAUACUUCAAUAGCAUUAUAGAUGGACUCAUAUCUACUGAUAUAGUAAAUGUUGCCGGCUUCAAUGUUCAAAAUCAAACAUUUGCAGAACUAACUAAUAUGUCAAACGAAGAACUAUUUCUUCCUGCACCAUUUGAUGGUAUCUUGGGCUUGGCUUAUUCCUACAUAUCUGAUAAUAAUAUAAUACCUGUCUUCGACAACAUGGUUAAUCAAAAUCUAGUGUCAUCACACAUUUUCAGUUUUUAUCUAAAUAGAGACCCUUCAGCCGAGUUAGAUGGUGAGUUUAUAUUGGGUGGUUCCGAUCCUGCUCAUUAUGAUGGUAAUUUUACGUAUGUUCCUGUUACUCACAAAGGAUUUUGGCAAUUUACCAUGGACAAGAUUGAAGUAAAUAAUAUCAGUCUGUGCCAGAGUAGUUGUCAAGCUAUUGCCGAUACAGGUAUGGGGGAAACAUAUGGACCAACAUCAGAUGUCAAAACUAUUAACGAACUUAUUGGAACUACUAAUAUUGAUGGAAUGGAAAGAGUGAAUUGCAGUCGAAUUCCUGAGUUACCUACAAUUCGUUUUAUUUUGGGUGGUAAGGCAUUCAAUCUUACCGGUAAAGAUUACAUUAUUCAAUUCCCAGAUGAAGGUAAUACUUCAUGUAGAAGCAGCUUUUUGGGUUAUGACUUUAAAGAAUUCAAUUGGGAAUUAGGCGUUGCAUUUAUUGGUCGUCUUUACAUCGAGUUUGAUAUCGAAAACAAUCGAGUGGGAUUUGCUUUGGCAAAAUAAAUAAUUAUUACUUUUUCUAGUACUUAUUAAAAUAUACAACAUAUAUAAUAAAAAUGUACAUAAUGUAUUAUACAAUUAUGUACAUUUUGUGAGUUUCGU